AAAGUCAGAGGAUCCCUACUUUGUAAGGCCAUUCGGUGAACCAAAAUCAGCUGAAGUGGGAGGUUGUGAUUCAAGAGGGUCUUUGCAUCAUCUGUGUUGGGAGCCAGCGAUGAGAGUCCCCUCAAACUCAAAACACUGGCUUUCUCUCCCCUCUCCACUUCAUCCUUUGACUUACACUUCUGUUUUGGAUUAUUGUUUAUUCUUGAUGGCAAGGAGGAUGAUUGUGGAAGACUGACAGAGGAAUCGUCACGGACACCUAUCAUUAUUGACACUCUUGUAUUCACCUCACCUUGCAUGGGAUCAUCUGAUGGAAUAAUGCCUUCAUGCUGGAGCAGAAGAGCCUGGCUUCCAGUUGUGGUUGCUGCCACUUUGGUUUUAGUUGUUCUUGCUGGACCCAACCAGAACAAAAGGGAUGCAGGGUCGUCCUCGUGUUUUGGAGGCUUUGACCUCUACUUUGUCCUGGACAAAUCCGGGAGUGUGCUUAACCACUGGACUGAGAUCUACCAUUUUGUUGAGCACCUAGCUCAUAAAUUUAUAAGUCCACAGUUAAGGAUGUCAUUUAUUGUGUUCUCCACUGAAGGAAAGAUUUUAAUGGGUUUGACAGAAGACAGGGAGCAAAUCCGCAAAGGUCUGGAAGAGCUCCAGGGGGUUCAUCCAGGAGGAGAUACCUUCAUGCACGAGGGCCUUCAAAGGGCUAGUGAGCAGAUCUACUAUGGAAACACAGAAGGUUAUCGUACGGCCAGUGUUAUCAUAGCUCUGACAGAUGGAGAGCUCCAUGAGGAUCUCUUCUACUAUGCUGAGAGAGAGGCUAAUCGCUCCCGAAGUCUGGGGGCCACCGUUUACUGCGUUGGGGUGAAGGACUUCAAUGAAACUCAGCUGGCAAAGAUUGCUGACAGUAAGGACCAUGUAUUCCCCGUCAAUGAUGGAUUUGAGGCAUUGCAAGGAGUAAUUGACUCUAUCCUGAAGAAGUCCUGCAUUGAGAUUCUGGCAGCUGAGCCCUCCAGUAUCUGUGCAGGAGAGUCCUUCCAGGUGGUGGUGAGAGGAAAUGGAUUCCUCCAUGCCCGCAAUGUUGAUAAGGUUCUAUGCAGUUUUCGCAUAAAUGACACCCUUACUAAGAUGGUGAAACCUUUGAUAGUGGAAGACACAUAUCUUCUCUGUCCUGCCCCAGUGCUUCAAGAUGAGGGAAUGGCAGCAAAUCUCUACGUCAGUAUGAACGAUGGUCUGAGUUUCAUCUCCAGCUCGGUCACUAUUACGACUGUGAGUUGUUCUGAUGGAACCAUCCUGGCCAUCACGCUGCUCAUCCUCAUGCUACUCCUCAUCUUGGCUCUCCUCUGGUGGUUCUGGCCCCUUUGCUGCACUGUGAUCAUCCAUGAGCCGCCACCACCUAUUACAGAGGAGAGUUCGGAUGAUGAAGACGGUGAUACUCCAAAGAAGAAAUGGCCCACAGUCGAUGCUUCCUACUAUGGAGGAAGAGGAGUUGGGGGAAUCAAAAGGAUGGAGGUUCGCUGGGGAGAGAAAGGCUCCACUGAAGAAGGAGCAAAGCUGGAGAAGGCCAAAAAUGCCAAAGUGAAGAUGCCUGAACAGGAUUAUGUGCAGACCCCCACACGGGUUCUCAACAACGGCAUGCAAAUGCCUUUGGGGGCCCGCAAGUGGUACUCUCCCAUCCAGAGCAAGUUGGAUGCAUUGUGGGCCUUUUUAAGAAAAGGCUACAACCGUGUGUCUGUAAUGAGACCUCACCCCGGUGUCAAGGGCAGAUGCAUGAACUUUAUCCGUAUGAAGUCUGCGCCCCCUCACUACCCCCACUACAACCAGCACCCAUCUCCCAUCUACACCCCUCCCAGCAGGAGUCCACCUGCCCCACAGGGCACCCUCCCGCCAAGUCCCACUAGCCCUCCAUCACCCCCCCUGUUCUCUGCCACCCUCCCCCUCCUGCCUCCGACACCCUCCGACUCCUCACCCUCCCCUCCCGUCACCCCUCCCUAUUACACCCCGCCUCCCAAACGGGCUCUGCCACCCACCACUUUGCACAUACCUGCCGCCCCCGAGCUGCCACCCAACCCUCCGCCACCUCUCUCGCCCUCUGGGACCCUGCCACCCCUGCCCCAAGGCCCCGCGCCAGGACGAGCCCCACCCCCUGCCCGCCCACCUCCGCGCCCUGGCGUGUAGUUGAUGAAAAGAAAGUCCCGCCUUCAAAGAUGAGCGCACGUUUGAUUUUGUGUGCAGGACAGCAGAGCCCAGCAGGCUGUGGCCUUCCUGCCGUGUGCAGAGGACAAUCAGGACCUGCUUUCUGCUAGUUGUCGACACUGACUGGACUCUUGUGGACUCAAAGGAGCCUGUUCCUCCAUAGAGCGGGUUCACAUGCCAAGUUUGAGAUCAUUUACAUGUCUUUAUAUUAUUGAAAGCUGAGCAAUUGCAUGUUAUAUUGAUGCUUUUAUUUCCCUUGUUACGUAUGCCACAUACAGUAGAUUGGAUUGGCUGAUGUGUAGACUACACUGAGUUUUCAGGGUGUCCUCCUCAUGUUCCUCACUGUGCUGAAGCAGCAUGAUACAGUAUGAGUCACAGCUGGCCUCUUAUUGUGCAUGUCACAGUAAACAGCUGGGGACUUGGACAACAUCACAUUUGGCACAUUUAUGACCACUUAUGUUCAACUCCGCAAUCACAGAUGCUCUUUCAAUCAAGAUGUGGGACUGCUCAAAUAGUCAAAAUCACAGUACGGCUUCUUCUACCUUAUAAAAGUGCCUCAAAGAGACUUACAGUAUCUAUUUGCUGCUUAUCUAUUUGAAAAGGGCUUCUUUCUGCUAGUUGCUUGUCGGCGUCUAUUAUACAGUAUGUGGGGGUGCACAUGCUUAAGGCUGGUACAAAGCCUUCAACUGUACUCCCUUAGUGGUAGGAACCCAAAAAUGACACAAAAGAGACAAAAUGUGCGUACUGUCCACCCUUCGCAUUUCAGCAACCACUGUAUUCCAGUAUCUUCUCAAAGACCAAUACUAUAGAAAUGAAAUUUGCAUAUACAUACAUUAAAUAGUGAGUUUACAGCUUGUUUAGUAGUCCCUCAUCACUUUGUGCUUUGAAUUUUGCAGCUUCACUCAUCAUUCAUUCAUUCAUUCAUUUUCUACUGCUUUUGCCUCACGAGGGUUGCGGGGGGUGCUGGAGCCUAUCCCAGCUGUCAUCGGGUGAGAGGCGGGGUACACCCUGGACUGGUCGCCAGCCAACCACAGGGCACAUAUAGACAAACAACCAUUCACACUCACAUUCAUACCUAUGGACAAUUUGGAGUCGCCAAUUAACCUAGCAUGUUUUUGGAAUGUGGGAGGAAACCGGAGUACCCGGAGAAAACCCACGCAUGCACGGGGAGAACAUGCAAACUCCACCCAGAGAUGGCCGAGGGUGGAAUUGAACCCUGGUCUCCGAGCUGUGAGGUCUGCGCGCUAACCACUCGACUGCCGUGCAGCCCUUCACUCAUCAUUGUUUUUCAAAAUAAUAAAUCAUCCCUGUUUUGUGGUUGACAACGGCCUCAUUUUAGUUUAAAAAUAUGCAUAUUUAAGUAAAUGUUUUGUAUUUUUGGCCUAAAUUCUGCAUUUCAAACCAAAAUAGCGACAUGACCUAAAAUGCAAAUAUAAGGCUUUGAGGAGAUGCAUUCAAAGACAUGCUGUGAUAUGUAUUAUUGUACACCAGAUAGGUGUCAGUAAUGUUACAUUGAUGAGACAAUUGCCGCCACAAGAAGUACAAAGAGAAGCAAAAAUCAGGAAGUCACCUUACAACUUACAUGUGUGUGCCUUUAUUAUGUCUUAUUUAUGUCUUAUGUGUUGUAUGUUCACUUAUUAAGUCUACUAUAUUCAGUAAUACAAGUGUAAAUAGCGGUGUUACUUCAGGUCUAGAGGGCUCUAAUAAUGUUAAAUGUAUUUAGAAGGUUGUAAACAGGUUUGUUUUCUAUGUUCUAACUUUGAAAAUAUUGUAUAUAUAUAUAUAUAUAUAUAUAUAUAUACAGUAAAUAAGGAAUCCAACUUCACGGUCGGGUGUGAAACCAAUUAACCACAAUAAAAGAGGGAUGACUGUGUUAUCCUGAAAUUGA